GUCAAAAUGAAUUGAGGUAGUUUUUCUCAAAAAUUGUGAGCUAACUUUUGUUUUUUACGAAUCUGUUGAAAAACUAUAUGGAAAGCAAAUAAAACACCGAAAUACAAUUAUAGUGUCGCGCACACUAAUUAGCCCGAGGGACAGCGGCUAUUAUAACAUUUGUAUUUCAUCAUAAUUUCAAUUUUUUUGCGCCGGCUUGUCAGUGCCCUCCAAUUGUGCGAAGUCAACGUGCGCGUGAAUUUGAAUAUGAAGUCGGAAGUGGUGCAUAAAAGAACAAAUCUCCUAUUAGAAGACCCCAAAUUUCGCAUACGACCUUUGCAGCAGGUAGUCUCUGCCUGCACAGGUGCACUUAUUACAGCAUGUUUUAUGACGCCAUUAGACGUUGUGAAAACGCGCCUGCAAGCACAACAAACAGCUACAAAUAAAUGUUUCCUGUAUUGCAAUGGCCUAAUGGAUCACAUAUGUCCAUGCGAUCCGAAUAUGCCCAGUAAUCUUAAACCGGAGAAACGUUUGAAUGGCACAAUUGAUGCGUUUGUUAAAAUUACACGACACGAAGGUGUUGGUUCGUUGUGGUCUGGUCUGAGUCCAACACUUGUGUCAGCGCUGCCAUCCACAAUUGUUUAUUUCGUUGCCUAUGAGCAGUUCAAACAACAUGCGCUCGAAUUCCACUACAAAUAUUUAGCCGAGGUGAAGGGCUCGCCACGCGGUCGAGAGAUACCCUUCCAUAUACCAAUGCUCAGUGGUGUGUCGGCGCGUGUUUGUGCAGUCACUUUUGUUAGUCCGUUGGAGCUGAUUCGCACAAAAAUGCAGUCACAAAAAAUGAGCUACGGCGAAAUUAUCUCCACUGUGCGUGUGGUUAUCAAAACGCAGGGUUUCUUCGGCUUGUUUCGUGGCCUGCCACCAACAAUUCUGCGUGACGUGCCCUUCUCUGGCAUAUAUUGGACUUGCUAUGAGAAUAUUAAAAGUAUGUUCGGUGUUCAGGAGCCAACAUUUGGUUUUAGCUUUAUGGCAGGUGCUAUAUCUGGCUCGUUGGCAGCAACCAUUACAACACCAUUCGAUGUUGUGAAAACACAUGAACAAAUUGAAUUUGGCGAAAAGGUUCUUUUCACAGACAAACCAGCCACUAAUGUAUCCAAUAUGAAAGUAAGAGAGCGGUUGUGGUCAAUUUAUCGCUUAAAUGGACUAAAAGGUUUAUUUGCGGGUCUAUGGCCGCGUUUGUUGAAAGUGGCGCCAGCUUGUGCCAUAAUGAUUUCAACUUUUGAAUAUAGUAAAGCAUUCUUUUAUCACUAUAAUGUGGAGAAGCACAAUGAGGCCUUGUUAAUAUCAAACCAAAAACAAAAUGAUGCUUGAAAGUUAUUGAGACGUUGUGAUAAUAUACUUAAUUGCAAAAAAAACUGCAAAACUAAACAGAAAUCGCUUCCAACCUAAACGUUGAAUAAUUACUUGUUUAGUCCUCGUGAAAAGAAUUCUCAGGAGUGGGUGGCAUAGAAAUGAAGUGUAAAUGUAAUAUCUGGUUUGAUGUAGUUCUUAAAAUUUGGCAUUUUUGUUGUUCCUAACCACAAUAAUGAUACCAACCGUUAUAAUGAUAGUUAGCACAAGUUACCUAAUUAACUUUGUAUGUAUUAUACUUAAUAUGAAUCGAAAGAGUUCAAAGAAUAUGUGUACAUAUGUAAAUUUUUAUAAUAUACGUGCAGUGUUCAAUUGUAUGUGAAUAAAAAUGCCUUUAUGGUGUAAAGCAAUAAAUUCAUAAUUCCUGAGCCCAAA